GGAGAGUCGGUUAUUCUUUUACGCGGAACGAGGCGAGCCGGCUGAUGACAGACUGCUGACAGACAGUGUCGGUGGAUGACAGCUCCUCACGUGCAAGUAUCCUCCUAUUGGUUCCGUCCACCAGAGAGAACGUGGCUGGUCGGAUUAUUAUAUUUCAUCGUGGGCAGCGGUACAGUAUCUGUGACCGGCACAGAGAUGACGGUAUGAUGGCGUCCCGGUAGCAGGAACAUUCCGCUAGCUCCCUCACAGACACCGUCAGCUGGGGUGACACAUUCCUCCUUCUGCCUGUUUGACUCCGCUUGUAUUCGAACGCUAAUCUGAAAUGUUGAAGGCGCUGGUGAGACACGUCCGUCGGUACCCGUGGGCCUCUAACGUCACGGUGUACGGGUGUCUGUUCGCGGGGGGGGACCUGGUGCACCAGCUGCUCUCGCGCAGGGACAACGUGGACUGGAGCCACACGCGCAACGUCGCCGUGGUCGGGUUCGGUUUCCAUGGCAACUUCAGUUUCUUCUGGAUGCGCUUCCUGGAGCGGAGGUUCCCCGGCAACUCUGCCAGGAUGGUGCUGAGGAAGCUGCUCCUGGACCAGUCCAUAGCCGGGCCCCUGGCCACCAGUGUCUUCUACACAGGUGUCAGCUUCUUGGAAGGAAAGGAGGACGUCUUUGAAGACUGGAGAAACAAAUUCCUGAAUACAUAUAGGACGGGGCUGAUGUACUGGCCGUUCAUGCAGUUUCUGAACUUUGCCUUCGUGCCUCUAUUCGUCCGGACCACUUUCACCGGCUGCUGCGCCUUCGUCUGGGCCAUAUUCCUGUGUUUCUCACAGCAGAGCGGCGAUGGCACGGCCGGUGCGGCUCUGAAAUGGAUGUUCUCCAAUCAACAGGAGGAAUCAGAAGCCACAAAGGAGAAAGUGGAAACUGAAGUCAAGGAGGGAACAGCAGCGCCUAAAUCUACUCAGAACUGAAACACGCUGGGCAGGAAAACACUGGUAUGAACAGGAUACGACUGGUCCAGUGGACAGUUGUCCUGUCUGUGGUUGUUGUUGCACUGGCACUGGCAGACUUUGACUCUAAAGUCUCACUGGGGACAAAGUAAAGUGUGACACAUGCUGUACAGUGGUUUUGGACUGUAUGUGUGUAUCUGCAGCAUAUUUUUCAAUACUUGAACAAGAUAUAUCAGUUCCAUGGGAAAAGACAUUCAAUCCUAUUCUUCCAUAGUCAUGCUAUAUUUCUCGGGUUUUAAUUCAAAAACCCACGUGAGGACUUUGAAUGUCUGGGACAGAAAGAGUAUCGAUGGAUGUUCCAGGUACUUCCGAUUUUCACCUAAAUGAAAAACUGGAACGAGUGGGGGAGAACAUUUUUAACACUAUGUGAAGUGGCAGCUAACACAUCAGCGCAGACCUGAAGGUUCAUAAAACUUGAAAAACUAUCAUUCUGAACAUUCAAAUAUGGCUCUUUCUUUAUGAGCAAAAGUGCUUUUUGUGACUGUUAUUUGCAUCUGUAACAGAGUGCCUGUCUGUAUUGAUUCCAGCUUACACUGGGGGCCCACUGCACAAGUACACAUUUUUACAUUCAUAUUUAUGUUACUAGGCGUUUUAUACAUAAGGACCAACAUGCACUGAGCAAACAGGAGGGCUGUGGAAGAAACUGUAAAAACAUCUUAAACAUAUCAUAAAACACAUUUUAACGUGUUUACUCUACAUCUAAAUAAGUGCUAGGGAAAUACUAAUGAAUAUCACUUUGAGUUUGUCUGAUUAUGAUUUAACAACUAUUAACAGCAUGGAUGUGGACUUGCUAUCUGCCUGAUGUCGUACUUGUACUUCCCAUGUGACACUGUGGAGUGUUGCUUUGCCCGGUUUGCAGAUUGUCUUAAUACAGUUUGCUACUAUAACCUUUUUUUCCCUCGUUUGACCUCUGUGAAAAUGUUUCGUUACAGGUUUUACUUGUCAGCAGUGACUCUUGAAAUGUAACAUCAGCUCCUUGCAGCAAACAGUUUUCUACAGAGGUCAUUUUAUAAAUAGAGAGCAGCUCAGUAUGAGACCUGACUGUUAUUCCUAUACAUAGAGUGUAAAGGUUUAUGGGAAACGACUCCCUUCUCUUCUCAGGUAGAUAACUAAACAUUCACACUUUUGCAUUUUUCAUCCGUGUUCCCACGUAUUACUGAAAGUCCUGAUGUAUCUAUUUUUGUCUUUCUCAGCUAAAUUUAUAAGGUGGUAAUGAUACUAAAGCGUUAGAAUUAGGGCACAGAAGAAAAACACUAAAAACGUUGUUUGAUCUCUGUUACUGUACCAUUUUGUGUAAAUUAAUUCUUGAUUACUUCUACACUGAUGAGCUACACUGGAACUGAAAGGUUAAAAUAUAAAUAUUCCAUUUGUUCAGUUCAUAUCAGCAAGUGAAAACUAGAAUAGUAAAAUUCUGUCUGAAUGUUUUUGACGGGUUUUAAUCACGAAGAACCACAUAAUAUAUCUGACACUAAUUUAAUUACAUUUUGUACUGUGAAUGCUAAAUUGAGAUAAACACUAUUUAUUGUUGAUUAAAAUGAAAACACCCCUUU